AUGGACCACGAUGAGACUCAUUUCACCACUACCGUGACAGGAACAAUUGGUCAUAUAGCCCCCGAGUACAUUGCCUUCAGUUCAGAUAAAACUGAUGUUUUUAGUUAUGGAGCGUUUCUUCUUGAGCUCAUCACCGGACGGAGAAUUAUUGAUCUUAUUCACGUAACCUAUGAGAAUGACAGGAUGUGCGUUGAUUGGGUAAAAAGGAAUUAUGAGGAGAGAAGAUGGGAAUCAAUGGCUGACAUUGAAGGUGGUGAUGAUGAGAUGGAGGCAGUGGUGAAGCUGCUGGUGAAAAUAGCUGUUCUCUGCACACGAUAA